GACGUGGACGUGUGUAAAUGUUACUACAACUAGGUGACAUUGUUCUAAAGUCAGAGUCACGUGACCACACCCACUCCCUGCCGUGUGACCUUUAACCCUUGCGCAAUAAGGAUUUUAACUAUGUGGACUUCAAAACAUCCACCAAGACCUCACUGAGCCAGCAGGUCAGCAUGGACGCGGUCAAGCUGUCGGUCCAUCCGUCCAGAGGCCUGGUGGAUGAGAAGUUUGUCAUCCUGGUCCAGAACGCGCCCCCCGGCGCCCAGCUUACUGUCCACGCCUUCCACCGCUGCGAGGACGGACACGGCUGGGAGGCGUUCGCUCACUACGUGUCCGACGCCACCGGCUCCGUGGACGUCUCCAAAGAUGUCAGCCUGGGGGGCACGUACUCGGGCCUGGAGCCCAUGGGUCUCCUGUGGAGCCUCAGACCGGUUCCAGGCAGCCAACCUGGACUCAGGAUGAGGAAGAUGAAGGUGCAGACCCCCAUGGUGUUCACCAUCUCCGUGCGGCGGGGUCACGGCACUCAAGGCUUCCUGGACCAGGUGGCGCUGGCCUCCCAGGUGGUGGAGCGCUGGUACAUAGCGCCCGGCGUCUGCAGGAUCCCCGUCACGACGGACGGACUGUCUGCGACCCUCUUCCUGCCCUCAGGACCCGGACCUUUCCCCGCCAUCCUGGACCUGUGGGGGGGCGGGGGCCAGCUGGUGGAGUACCGAGCGGCGCUGUUCGCCUCACACGGCUUCGCCUCGCUGGCCCUUGACUACCUGAACUCUAAGAUCACCAUGGAAACGGGCAAGAUGGCGGACAACACCUACUUUGAGAAGACCUUCAGGGUCCUGCAACAACACCCACAGGUGCUCGCCGACCGCAUCGCCAUCUUGGGUCUCUCCUUCGGCUGCACCAUCACGCUCAGGAUGGCGGCAUACUCGCCCGUUGUCAAGCCCAGGUGUGUGGUGUGCAUCAGUGGAAGUCACGUGCAGCCAGUUGAUGGAACGCUGGAGGACAUCUUUGCUUUCUACGCCCAGCACGACAACAAGAUGGAGUUCAACGAGAAGAACGAGACCAUCAUGAGAAAUAUUCUGCUGCCCAUCACAGCCGACCCGGCCCUCAAAGUGGACAUGGGUCGCGUGCAUUGUCCCGUGUUGCUGGUGGUGGGCCAGGACGAUCAGAACUGGUGCGCCUGCGAGUCCGCUCUGGACAUGAAGGAGAUGAUGGAGCGUGCGGGGAACAGCCACCUGCUGACCGUCCUGUCCUACCCUGACGCCGGUCACCUGAUCGAGCCGCCGUACUCGCCGCACACCCGGUCCAGCUCCUUCCGCAGCGUCGGCAGCCGGCAGAAGAUCACCGCCCUGUGGGGAGGACAAUGUUCGGCUCAUGCGUUCGCUCAGGAAGACUCGUGGAAGAAGACGCUGGCCUUCCUGCGUGAGAAUCUCUGCAUUAGUUUGACACACGGAUCCGGAAUGGACGCCAGGAGACACGACCAGCACACGGACGCGGUCAAGCUAUCGGUCCAUCCGUCCAGAGGCCUGGUGGACGAGAAGUUUGUCAUCCUGGUCCAGAACGCGCCCCCCGGCGUCCAGCUCACCGUCCACGCCUCCCACCGCAGCGAGGACGGACACGACUGGGAGGCGUUCGCUCACUACGUGUCCGACGCCGGCGGCUCCGUGGACGUGUCCAAAGAUGUCAGCCUGGGGGGCACGUACUCGGGACUGGAGCCCAUGGGUCUCCUGUGGAGCCUCAGACCGGUUCCAGGCAGCCGACCUGGACUCAGGAUGAGGAAGAUGAAGGUGCAGGCCCCCAUGGAGGUCACCAUCUCCGUGCGGCGGGGUCACGGCACUCAGGGCUUCCUGGACCAGGUGGUGCUGGCCUCCCAGGCGGUGGAGCGCUGGUACAUGGCGCCCGGCGUCCGCAGGAUCCCCGUCACGACGGACGGACUGUCUGCGACCCUCUUUCUGCCCUCAGGACCCGGACCCUUCCCCGGAGUCUUGGACCUGUGGGGGGGCGGAGGAGGUCUCGUGGAGUAUCGUUCCUCGCUGCUCGCCUCCCACGGCUUCGCCUCCAUGGCCCUCAACUACCUGAGCCCCAGGGCCAGCCAGGAGACGGGCAAGAUGGUGGACGACUCCUACUUCCAGGUGGCGCUGAGAGUCCUGCAGGAACAUCCCCAGGUGAUCGGCAGCAGGGUUGGUUUGGUGGGCCUCUGCCUGGGCAGCGGCGUCUGCCUGAAAAUCGCCGUCCACGCCUCAAGCGUGAAGCCUCUGUGUUUGGUGUGUGUCAGCGGGACUCACGUCAUGCCGCCGACAGGAACCUUUGAUUACUGGAACAAUGCUAAAUGUCGCUACAACGAACACAAGGAGGUGAUCUCUCGUGACGUCUUGCUACCGCUCCCCUCUGACCCCGCCCUCAAAGUGGACGUAGGACGCCUGCAGUGCCCCAUGCUGCUGAUAGUUGGUCAGGACGACCAGAACCUUGCCAGCCCGGAGUCUGCUGCUGAUAUGAAGGCCAUGAUGGAGCGGGCGGGCAACAGUCACAUGCUGACGCUGGUGUCCUACCCGCACGCCGGUCACCUGAUCGAGCCCCCGUACUCGCCGCACAUCCGAGCCAGCUUCUUCCGCUCCGCCUUCGCGGGACACGAGCGCCCGUUCACCUUCUUGGCGCUGUGGGGCGGGCAGACGGCGUGGCACAGUCGCGCUCAGGAGGACGCCUGGAAGAAGACGCUGGACUUCCUGUUUGAGCAUCUCUACCGUGGCGUGGCCCCGCCCAGGUCGCACCUCUGAGUGGCGUUCGGACGGACCGACGUUUACGUCCUCUCUGUCCUUCGUGCACAGGCGGCCACUCAUCAGCAGGGGGCGGCAAUGUACACGUUGUUCAUAUUCACCACAACAAUCUUUUUAGGGUCAUUUCCUGUCGACUGCGUCAAUCAAACGUCAGCUUUAUUAGGAACAUAAUAACAAUGUGAAUCUGGUAUGCUAACAUUAGCAUCCUAACAGUUAGCAUAUGUCAUGUACCAAUUUAUAUGACGCUGAGGCGUACGCAUGCAAAGUUAACUAAAAAAAGCUGGCAUGCUAACAUUAGCAUGCUAACAGUUAGCAUAUGUCACAUACCAAGUUAUGUGACUCUAUGAUGUACGGCGGCAAAAUUGACCAAAAAAAAGUUAGCAUGCUAGCAGUUAGCAUAUGUCACAUACCAAGUUAUGUGACUCUGUGGUGUACGGCGGAAAAAUUGACAAAAAAAAAAGUUAGCAUGCUAACAGUUAGCAUAUGUCACAUACCAGGUUAUGUGACUCAGAGGUGUACGGCUGCAAAAUUUGCUAAAAAAAUGUUAGCAUGCUAUUGUUAUUAUGUUAGCAUCCUAACAGUUAGCAUAUGUCAAAACGUUAGCAUGCGAAUCGUUAGCAUAUGUCACAUACCAAGUUAUGUGACUCUGUGGUGUACGGCUGCAAAAUUUGCUAAAAAAAAGUUAACAUGCUAAAGUUAUUAUGUUAGCAUCUUAACAGUUAGUAUAUGUCAUGUACCAAUUUAUAUGACGCUGAGGGGUACGCAUGCAAAAUUAACUAAAAAAGCUGGCAUGCUAACAUUAGCAUGCUAACAAUUAGCAAGCGUCACUUACCAAGUUAUGUGACUCUGUGGUGUAGGGCGGCAAAAUUGACAAAAAAAAAGGUACCAUGCUAGCAGUUAGCAUAUGUCCCAUACCAAGUUAUGUGACUCUGUGGUGUACGGCGGCAAAAUUGACAAAAAAAAAAGUUAGCAUGCUAACAGUUAGCAUAUGUCACAUACCAAGUUAUGUGACUCAGGGGUGUACGGCUGCAAAAUCUGCUAAAAAGAAGUUAGCGUGAUAAUGUUGUUAUGUUAGCAUCCUAACAGUUAGUAUAUGUCAUGUACCAAUUUAUAUGACUCUGAGGCAUACACAUGCAAAAUUAACUAAAAAAGCUGGCAUGCUAACAUUAGCAUGCUAUUAGUUAGCAAGUGUCACCUACCAAGUUAUGUGACUGUGGGGUACGGCGGCAAAAUUUACCAAAAAAAAGUUAGCAUGCUAACAGUUAGCAUAUGUCACAUACCAAGUUAUGUGACUCAGAGGUGUAUGACUGCAAAAUUGACCAAAAAAAAAGUUAGCAUGCUAACAGUUAGUGAGUGACAAGUACAAAGUUAUAUGACUGAGCAAAAUUGGCUAAAGAAUUAGCAUGCUAACAGUUAGCAUAUGUCAUGUACAAAGUUAUGAGUCUCUGAGGUGUUUGGCAGCAACAUUUGCACAAAAAAAAAGGAAUUAGCAUUCUAAAGUUAGCAUGCUAACAUUAGCAUGCUUUACAGCAUUCACACAAUUAUUGUGCUGGCUCUCAUCAGAUGGUGUACCUAAUGAAGUGGCCAUUGUUGGGGUUGAUUAAAAACGUGUUUUUUAGAUCUUUAAACAAAUGAUAACUACAUCAAGAAAAUAAAUGUGGAAUAUUAAAAGAUGACAAA